AUUUACAUUGAUUGUAUAAUCUGAAUUUACCGAGGAAACACAAAAACAUAUAUAGAUACACUUAGACACACUUUCACAAUAUAGUGUCAGAGAUAUAAAGAAUUUAAGUUCUAGAAAUUGUGUGAUAAAAAAUAUUACCAAUAUAUCUUCGGGUCAAAAGUAAAUAUUUACUGUUUUUAAAAAACUAUGAUGGGGCUUGUCACUGUGGACAGUUUUUACAGCCAACAACCUUUCUCUCCUAGUAACAGUGGAUUCUUUUAUGACCUACACUUUCACAUACUAAGAGAACCACAUUAAAAACCAAUAGCGUGUAAAUUGUGAAGCAUUUAUUUUUAAGCCUUGUAACUGAUUUGUGCAACUCUUAACACACCUGUGUAUACCUUUAAAUUAAGGAAUUUCAUUCCCUAUGUAGGUCAUUAUAGUCAGUGGAUUUUGUACUUGCUUAUUCUGGAUCGAGUGUCUCGGUACGCUGUUUGGUUUUGUUCGGGGCAGUUGUAGAGCAAACAGUGUAGGUACUGGAAGCUGCUCACACCUCCUUUCUGAGUAUCAUGCAUGCCAGGCUGGCCUGGAGCACAACACCCCCAUUGUGCUCCCCGGCUCAGAAUCCAGGGAAAGAAAGGAAGUGGAGUCUCUGUAUUGAGCUCAAUCCCAGCUAUAGUAUGUGGCGGUAAAACUUCUUUUAUUGCACAGUUUUUCUCACAAGCAGAUAGGUUUCAGAGAAGAGUGAAACCAAAAACACCACACACCUCAUACAAAUGUACACCAAUAAUUGUAUCGGAUGUGUCAGUUGCUCUGAGAUAAUAGCACAGACUUUGAAUUGCACUAGGAAUUGCCCCUUCAUGAGUAUUUCUUUGAUUUAUAAUCUCUUAGGAACAAAGCUGUUACUGUGGAUUGAAAUGGUUAGUCCAAUCAAAAUCCCUGGUGAGGAAAUGACCACGGAAUGAUUUUAAAUUCUGUUUCAGCCACAUUUCAGUUUUACCUGAGUUAGUUCUGUUGUUGGUCUACCAGAAGGGCCAGAUAGAUUAUAAUGCUAUUGAAAAUAUUUAAUGAAAAACAUAUGUUUGAAAACUCUAAAUAAAAUCUUUUAUCUACUGAAGGUGGAAUUUACAGUGAAAUUUAUACAUAGUAAGUGAGAUGAAUUCAGGUAAAUACAUUUUUAUUUGCUACCUUUUUCUCCCUAAACAUAGAUGGCAUGAGGGGUCUCCUUAUACUUUUCAGUAUAUUUUCAUUGAUACACAUGAGCAUGAAUCACCUGUUGUACAGAUAGAGCGAUUUUUAAAAUACCUUCAGAUAAGAGAAUUGAAAAGCAUAAGGAGAAUUUUUUUUCAAACUUUUGUCCUAAAGGUCACCAGUAUUCAAGAUACAAAGAUACAGACUAAGAAUCUCAGUGCAGAGAAUAAUGGCCAAAUUUAAUGAUGAGAACACAUAAAAGUAUUUCCAUGUGAAUGUGACACCAUACGGGAAGAGAUGGUGAGGUGAUGACAUUGUGUUUCACUUAUGUUUAACUUUAAAAGGAAAAAUUAAAUGAACAGCCCUAGCUCUGAGUUUAAUUCUAUGAAUAAAAAUUUCAACCAAGUAAAUGAUUUUAUCAGAGUAGAAUGAAUAGCAGAAAAAGUUCUUUCCAACCAAAUUCCCUUUGAGUCUCCGAAAGAAUUUGGAGAAUUAACAUAGUGAAAUGACUGGAGGCAAGAAAAUGAUUCCUUAUUAGUAUAUCUUGGGGGAACUUUUAGAAUGACAAGGUGUGGAAAUUCCCAAGACACACCUGAGGGUGUAACUAUUGCCUUUGAAGUGGCUCAGAGUGGGACAAGAGCCGCACAGGAAGACAGACACACAAACUUUAUACCUGUGCUGGUUUCUCUCUGUAUGACUAAUCCUUUAAGGAGACGGCUAUGAAAGAUGAGCAUUCUAUGUCAUUUCUGCCCAGUUGUUUAUUCAACAACAUUAGGAGCCAAAUUCAAAGACAUAAUCCUCAUCUUUCAAGACUUUGCACCUUGGUUUUUGUGUAAUUUUGGACACUUGUUUUUUGCCACUUUCCAACUCCCCUGUUGGCAAUAUCAAAUAUUUUGUAAUUUCCUGAAUAUGCUCUAUCAAACACUUCCAAAUGAGACAACCCGUUUCAGACUUUUCCUUUAAAUCUUGCCCCUCAACACCAGCUGUCUUUCAUUCUUCCUUCAAAAUCCAGCAAGGAUGUCUUCCCAUGCUGUUUUCACACCUUCAGCUCCAUAUGAAUUUUAUGCCUACAGUUCUUUCUACUGCACGAUAUUGCAUUAGUCUCUGAUCAUAGGCUUCCAGAGUUUGGCUGACCUCUAAUUCUGAAGUACUUUGUCCAGUGUCUGGUUACGAGUGGCAUUCAGGCAUUGUAUCAGACUUCACUAUUUCUUUACUAGUUACUGUAUAGACUUGACCUCAAAACGUAAGUCCUAAUUCUGCCUUUCAUCAGAGAAACCCAAAACCUUUAGAAAAACAACAAUGAGACUUUAACUUCCCUGACGGGAAAGUAUGGCUUCAGGAUCACACUGUAUCAUAAAAGCUGAAAGAGUUCUAUGAUAGAUCAGAAUUUUUUCUAAGGGAAAAUUUUGCAACACAUAUUUUUUAAACAAAACAACUGGAAAGUUUUAAUAUAGAGAUAAGUCUUUUUUUCCUAUCUACAGACAUUAAAUUAAUUUUCAGGGGAAAGUAAGGAUAGUAAAUAUCCCUAUUUGAAAUUUGUUAUAAACUCAGACUAUUUACAACUAACGUUGACUUGAUAACAAGUAGUUGAUUGUUGUAUAAUAUAUUUACAGAAUUGUUUAUCAUACUGAAGUCAGAAAAAAAAGUAAAGAUUGCAAACAGGAAAGAGACUGGACAGUUGAAAUAAAGUCAACAAUAGCAGAAUUUCUUUUAAUUUUUCUAAAUUCAUCUGAAAGGUGAAUCGCUAGUUACCUUAUCUUCCCUACAACUUGGGUUCCCAGACACUUGGAUUGGACUUAAUCUUAAACCUCGGGAGUUCAAGACCUUUUAAAAAGGGCUAAAUAAACAACCUCUACAUGUACAAGGCCACUGCCUCCUACUUCCUCUGUUUAGAGCAACUGUGAAACCCAGCUGACCGUAGGAGAAACGAAGAUCUUCACUGUCAACGCCACCUUUUAAAGUUGCUGAAGAAGAAAAUCUUCCCAGAGCCAGACUAGGACAGACUCAUAUACCAUUCCGAUCUGGGUGCAUUUCUUCAGAAGGAAAUCUGAAGAGUUUAAUAACAAAACCUCCAAGGUCAAAAUGAAUACAGAUAGCGGUGGGUGCGCUCGCAAACGUGCUGCCAUGUCUGUUACGUUAACAUCUGUGAAGAGAGUUCAAAGUUCUCCAAACCUAUUGGCCGCAGGGCGUGAUUCUCAUUCACCAGACUCAGCGUGGAGAUCUUACAAUGAUCGAAAUCAAGAGACACUGAACGGAGAUGCUACAUAUUCCUCUCUUGCAGCAAAAGGUUUUAGAAGUGUUCGACCAAACCUGCAAGAAAAGAAAUCACCAACUCAGGCACCCCUUCCACCAGCCAGAAAAGAGAGCUCUUGUAGCUCCUUGAUAACCAAUCACAGAAAGCCUGAUAUUUUAGACUCAUUGGUAACUAACCCACAAACCCCUUCCUGUACAGAAUACUUUACUAACAAAGAGCCUCUUCACACAACUAUGCAUUCUAAUGACAAUUCUAGCCAGACAAUCGUAUAUUCUGAAGAAUCCAACACAACUAUGUCAUAUACACAAAAAAUCACUAAUCCUCUCCCAGCAGCUCCCAGAAUAGGUUCUGCUCCCUUCGCUGACAGUACCCCAUUGCUACAAGAGGACUACACACAAGAUUCUCAUACUCGGAGAAUUUCUACCAUGAAACUAACUCAGAACCAGGAUCUAGGAAGUAGCAACCCCAUGAGUUCUCCACAGUUCUCCAAACCUAUUGAAGUACCAUUAUUUCUCAAAAGGCCUUCCUCACCACCCCCUAACCCAGAGCCCGAGAUACACACAGCAUCUCUUUCCAUUCAAAUAGCUCCCCUUUCAGGAAAAGAUCCUGAAAGCCACAAACAGCAUCCUGAGCUUCCUCCAGAGACUACAAAGAUACCUCCUCAGCAAGAGAAACAAAUGUCUGCAGUUGCUGCGGCCUCUCAGUCCUCAGACUGCCGGGUGCGUGGAAAUCAGCACUUAGCUGCCAGUGUGUUGGAGAGCCAGAUAACAGUGAAUGGCAAUUCUGGAGGAGCCGUGAGUCCAAUGAGUUACUAUCAACGGCCGUUUUCUCCCUCGGCAUAUUCUCUCCCAGCCUCGCUCAACUCAAGCAUGAUCAUGCAGCAUGGCAGAUCCCUUGAUUCUGCAGAGACCUAUUCCCAGCAUGCACAGUCUCUGGACGGUACCACCAGCAGCUCAAUCCCACUGUACAGAUCCUCAGAGGAAGAGAAGAGAGUGACAGUCAUCAAAGCUCCACAUUACCCGGGGAUCGGGCCAGUGGAUGAAUCCGGAAUCCCCACAGCAAUUAGAACGACAGUUGACCGACCCAAGGACUGGUACAAGACUAUGUUUAAGCAAAUCCACAUGGUGCACAAGCCUGAUGAUGACACAGACAUGUACAAUACUCCUUACACAUAUAAUGCAGGUCUGUACCACCCAUCCUACAGCACUCAGUCACAUCCUGCUGCAAAGACCCAGACCUACAGACCUCUUUCCAAAAGCCACUCUGACAAUGGCACCGAUGCCUUUAAGGAUGCAUCCUCUCCGGUUCCUCCCCCACAUGUUCCACCUCCGGUCCCACCGCUCAGACCAAGAGAUCGGUCUUCAACAGAAAAGCAUGACUGGGAUCCUCCAGACAGAAAAGUGGACACCAGAAAAUUUCGGUCUGAGCCAAGGAGUAUUUUUGAAUAUGAACCUGGGAAGUCAUCAAUUUUGCAGCAUGAGAGACCACCCCCUCUCCCAACAUCUCCGACACCUGUUCCAAGGGAACCUGGCCGGAAGCCUCUUUCCACCUCACCCUACGGAGAAGUAACGCGUAGCCCCUCCCCUCCGCCCAGGAGCGCCAUCCCCGCGCCAAACUCUUGCGCCCCAGCUCUCUCUCCCAUCCGGACUGAUCGCAUAAAUCCAGAUGACAUAGAUUUAGAAAAUGAGCCCUGGUAUAAAUUCUUUUCAGAACUGGAGUUUGGACGCCCGCCUCCUAAAAAGGCUCUGGAUUAUGUUCAAGAUCAUUCUUCUGGUGUUUCCAAUGAGGCCUCCAUAUACCAGUCUAUAGACAGAAGCCUGGAAAGGCCUGCUAGUUCUGCAAGCAUGGCCAGCGACUUCAGGAAACGGAGGAAGAGUGAGCCUGCAGUGGGUCCACCCAGGAGCUUGGGGGAGCAAAGUGCAAGCAGGACCAGCCCUGGUCGGGCAGACCUCCCAGGAUCCAAUGCCACCCUUACAAAGUCUUUCAUUAGCUCUUCUCCUUCCUCCCCCUCAAGAGCAAAAGGUGGGGAUGAUAGCAAAAUGUGUCCGUCCCUUUGCAGUUACUCAGGGAUCAACGGCACCCCUUCCCCUGAGUUAGAGUACUGUAGCACUUAUAGACAGCAUUUGGACGUCCCACGGGACUCACAAAGGGCCAUCACUUUCAAGAAUGGCUGGCAGAUGGCCCGGCAAAAUGCCGAGAUCUGGAGCAGCACUGAAGAAACAGUUUCCCCCAAAAUCAAAUCCCGUAGCUGUGAUGAUCUCCUCAAUGAUGACUGCGAUAGCUUCCCAGACCCCCAAACCAAGUCGGAAAGUAUGGGCUCCUUGUUAUGUGAAGAGGACUCCAAAGAGAGCUGCCCCAUGACUUGGGCUUCCCCUUACAUCCAGGAGGUUCGAGGUAAUGGCAGAUCAAGAAUCAGACACAGGGCAGCCCACAAUGCCCCAGGGUUCCUAAAAAUGUACAAGAAGAUGCACCGCAUUAACCGCAAGGAUUUGAUGAAUUCAGAGGUCAUUUGCUCUGUGAAGUCGAGAAUAAUGCAGUACGAAAAGGAACAGCAACACAAGGGCUUACUCCAUGGAUGGAGCCAGUCCUCCACCGAGGAGGUGCCCAGGGACAUGGUACCCACCCGCAUUUCGGAAUUUGAAAAGUUGAUUCAAAAAUCAAAAUCCAUGCCAAAUUUAGGAGAUGAAAUGUUAUCUCCCGUCACCCUAGAACCACAGCAAAAUGGUCUGUGUCCCAAGAGGCGAUUUUCCAUCGAGUCUUUGCUGGAGGAAGAAAAUCAAAGCAGACACCCUUCUCAGGUGCAACGGAGCUACCAGUCUAAAACCCUGGUGCCAAUCCACAUCGAAGUCACCAGCGAGGAGCAACCGAGAGCCCAUGUGGAAUUUUCCGACAGUGACCAAGAUGGAGUAGUGUCUGACCACAGUGACUAUAUUCAUGUAGAAGGGUCAUCCUUCUGCAGCGAAAGUGAUUUCGAUCACUUUUCGUUCACAUCCUCUGAAAGUUUCUACGGCUCCAGCCACCAUCGCCACCACCAUCACCACCACCACCAUCACAGGCACCUCAUCAGUUCCUGCAAAGGCCGAUGCCCCGCGUCCUACACGAGAUUUACCACAAUGUUAAAACACGAAAGAGCCAAACAUGAAAACAUCGAGCAGCCCAGGAGACAAGAAAUGGACCCUGGCCUGUCUAAACUUGCAUUUCUAGUCAGCCCUGUGCCUUUCCGGAGGAAAAAGAAUAUGACUCCCAAAAAACAGACUGAAAAAACAAAAUGUAAGGCUUCUGUAUUCGAGGCUCUGGACUCCGCCCUUCAAGACAUCUGUGACCAAAUCAAAGCUGAGAAGAGGAGAGGAAGUUUGCCAGACAACAGUAUAUUGCACCGUCUUAUCAGUGAGCUGCUGCCAGAUAUUCCUGAAAGGAAUUCAUCACUCCGAGCUCUGAAAAGGAGCCCCACGCACCAGCCUUUCCACCCACUGCCUCAAGAUGGUGCUAUUCAUUGUCCCCUGUACCAGAACGAUUGUAGGAGAAUGCCUCACAGUGCCUCUUUCCCAGAUGUGGACAUCACCAACAGCUACCACCAGGACCCCGAGAGUGCACUGAGUCUCCAAGACCGCGAGUCUCCCAGAAGUUACUCAUCCACUUUGACUGACUUGGGGAGAAGUACGCCAAGAGAAAGAAGAGCAACUCCAGAAAAAGAGAAAUUGCCUGCUAAAGCUGUUUAUGAUUUUAAGGCUCAGACAUCUAAGGAGUUGUCAUUUAAGAAAGGAGAUACUGUCUACAUCCUCAGGAAAAUUGAUCAAAAUUGGUAUGAGGGAGAGCACCAUGGAAGAGUGGGCAUUUUUCCAAUCUCAUACGUGGAGAAACUCAUACCUCCUGAAAAAGCACAGCCUGCAAGACCACCACCCCCAGCCCAGCCAGGAGAGAUUGGAGAAGCUAUAGCCAAAUACAAUUUCAAUGCAGACACCAACGUGGAGCUCUCACUGAGAAAGGGAGAUAGAAUUAUUCUUCUUAAAAGAGUUGAUCAAAACUGGUAUGAAGGUAAAAUUCCAGGAACCAACAGACAAGGCAUCUUCCCUGUUUCCUAUGUAGAAGUCAUCAAGAAGAAUACAAAAGGUGCUGCGGAAUACCCUGACCCUCCAAUACCCCACAGCUAUUCUAGUGAUAGAAUCCACAGCUUAAGUUCCAAUAAGUUGGCUUCCAGCGAAACUGCCCUUCCUCCCAUGCACAAAGCUUCACCUGGCUCAGACAAAGGAGCCUUCCAGAGAAAUGGCCAGGAGUGGUUGUCCCCGACAGAGGGGUGUCCACCAGCAAACUCUUUGUCCCCAACACCAUCUUCUUUUCUGGACAACUUCUUGGAUGAAUUAGAAAAGUUUAGCGCUCUAACCUUACCAGGUGACCAAGCCAAACCAAAUGGCCUGGAGGAGAUCAUCCUUGAAAUUAAGGAGGAGCCUCCUGUCCUCCUUCCAUUGCCUUCAGCAUCCCUAGCUGCUGACUCACGUCACUCUCUGUCACCUUUCUCCCACUUGAGCGUGACCCCAGUUGCAGCCCAGCCUUACAGUACAAUGCCACUUCAGGAUCCCAUAAAGACCACUGGAGACAAGUUUGCAGAUCGGAAGAAAAUGAAAAGAGGCUUUUCAGACCCUGAAAGGGUUCUUGAAGUACUGGGUGAUAAAUUUGUGUCCUCUGCAUGUACCAAUGUGGGUUCCUUGCCUGAAACCCUCCCUGUCAUUGGAGAGGAAGAUGAGGAAAUCUGUGAGGGGGUUGUGUCAGGCAUCCAGAGGUGGCCAACAGAAUCUCAAGAACAAGGUGUCUUGUGGUGUGGCCAUGAUGGCACAGAGGUGACACCAGAGCUGCACAUUGAAGAGGAGGAAGAGAAGGAGAAACUUGGCUGCUUAAAAUAUCCAGUAGGCAUCCCCACAGAUCCUAGGAUCUCUAAGGAAGACAGCAAAGCAGCAAAAUCCAGUCAUGAGCCACCUUCAUUUUCUUCGGGAGAUGGAGCAUCUACACCUUUUCCCAGCCAUCUGCCUUCCUCCCCUUCAUUCCAUUCUCCCUUGGCCUCUGUUUCUGACCUGGUCUCUACACUUUCUCAGCCUACCCAGCCCUACUCUCCUCUCCUCCCUAAAUAUUCUUAUCAACAGGAAAUAAGUUCACCAAAAUUAAAGGCUGAUUUAAAAAGCGAGAUAUUUGUCCUGGGUAAACCUCCUCGUAGCCCAGUGAUGUCUAAGAGAUCCUGCAGCUCACCUGGCAGCAGUUCCCACAGGCCACAGCGUCCUGUGUUUACUCAUGAAAACAUUCAAGGUGGGGGGGAACCGUUUCAGGCUCUGUAUAACUAUACUCCUAGGAAUGAAGAUGAGCUGGAACUCAGAGAAAGUGAUGUCAUUGAUGUGAUGGAAAAAUGUGACGAUGGAUGGUUUGUAGGAACCUCAAGAAGAACCAAAUUCUUUGGUACUUUCCCUGGAAACUAUGUCAAGAGGCUGUGAAUCACUCUCCCUCCUUAUUUAUGCCGCAUUUCAGCAACACAUCUGCAUAAAACUUGCCUGAGACAUCUCUGAAGGCCUCUCAUUGUCAUGCCUUACAGUUUCCAAUACGCCAUCACCAUCCCCACCUGCCACCACCAAACCACCAGCAGAGUAACUGCCACUGUGAGCCUUGGGGGGACGUGGCAGACUUACAUUCAUGUGAAAGUGUAUAUUCCUGCUUUCUGCCCUAAACUUUGAAAUGUCAAUGUGUGGGAUCAGAAAGAAAAUCAUUUUUCUUAGAAAAGGUAAAAUAUUGAAGCCAAAAAGAAAGUGUCUCCAGGAUACUCUCUGGUCUCAUGCUUGUACUUGGAAAUUUCUGAAAGAUGGUCUCCCCUGGGGCAACCAGAAGAUUGCUUAUUUCUAAAUGCUGUGGUUUGUAUUUUCACAUUCUUAGCUUGGCAUUCUAUUUUCCUUUCACAAGUUUGCCUAGUGUCCUGGUUUACACUAUAUGACAACUGUACUUCAGCUAUUGUUUGCCUGCACUUAUAUGUUGUUAUAUGCACAGUGACUAUAAAAUCUAAAGCAAGAGUAGGAAAGUUAAUUUGGAUGGGUGUGAUUUUGUUGAUUGAAUGUAAGUUUUCAAAUAGGAGUCUUUUCCUGCAAUUUUUUUUUUGUACUUUUUAGAAGUGCAAACAGUGAGUGAAUAAGAGCCUUUGGUAAUUAUCAUGAGAAUACAAGAGGAUUAGCUAGGCUAAAAGAAAAAAAAACAUUGUGUUGUAAAGUUGCAUUGCUAUUUUAUAUUAAAAUGUAAUCAUCAGCAUCAUGAACAAUGAGCUCUUAGUGUUUUAUUUAUCUGAUAAAAUUUAAAUGACAGCAGUGUUAGAGGUACAAAGAACUAUUCUAAUAUAGACACUUGAAAGUAUCUGUAAGCAAUAUUAGUAGGUAAGAUUUCACUGUGUGUACACAGGCGCAUUUGAGAUUGUAUGAGAACAUAUAAUCCAUAUGAUAUGUUGUACAUUUUAUGGAAAUGUAAAAGAAUCCCACAUAUUAUUUUAUAGAAAUAGAGUACUUCAGAAGCAUCACAAGUAUUAAGGCUGGUUUUAGCAAGGAUUAUGAUCAAUACAAUUAUUUUUACUAUAGUAAUUAUUUUUCUUCAGUGGAACCCAGAAUCCUGGCUACAUUUGAGAACAGGAAUAUGUUGAGCCUGAUUUUCCUGGUAUGUGUAAAAUACUUCCUAGGAAUAAAUUAGGCACUUUUUAGGGACAAUGUUAAAUCAUUCAGGUAAUAUUUUUGCCCUAAAUUUGCAAAAUUACAUUGGACCUGAAAGAUUUAAUAGGGUUAAUAGUGCCUGAAUUACACAUACCCUGAGAACUAGCUUUGUAUUUCUUAUGACUUUGCAUAAGAACUAUUCAUCUUUGGAUCUUGAGCACCUUAUAAACAAAACUUUUUAUGACAUUUCUUCCGUGGACAAUGAUUGAUCUUUUCACAAUACAUAGACUCUUGAAUUUUGUACAUAUGUUUGUUCUUUUUUUGUACAGACUAUUUAGUCAUUGAGAAAGCAGGGGGAUUUCCUAAUCUGAUCUUUAUCCUGCACUUAAACUUUGCUAAAACACUUUCAGCAGAAUACCCUUUACCUAUCUCACAGAUCACACCCCUUGAUAGUGCGAUUCUGUAAGGUAGCAUUUAUGCAAAACUUUAUGAGUUUAAAAAUCUUAGCAGCCAAAUUGAAAUGUACAUAAAUACUGAUUACAGAGGAAUUUCAUUAGGAAGAAAGUAAAGAAGCAUUUUUGAGUAUACCACCUUGAUUACCAUCAAGUUCACAAUCAGCUUUAUACUUUAAAGGUUUGGGGUUUGAAAUUAAGUCAACUGCAUGCAGAUUUGCUGAUAAAUGAAUAAUUCUCUUUGAUGCCAUUUAUGAGAGAAGACUUCAAUAUCUGUUGCCUGUCAUAUUUAAAAAAAAGUACUGUUUCUACUCUGUAUCUGAUUUUAAAAGGAAAAAUAUUCAUACCUGGAUUUCAGGUAAUUGACUUUGAAUUCUUACAAGCAGAGGUCAAUGUGUUUUUCUUGAGUAGACAUCUAAUAAAUUUUGCUUGGAAGUAUA